AUGCUUGGUCGACCCGGAGCUGAGCUCUCACACGAACGCCAGCGACAUGAGGGGGGCGGCCUCCUCUUUGUGGCACUCGCCCUCGCCUUCGCCGUGUGCCGCGUCGCCGGGCACGGCGUGCAUCCGCUGUCGCGCAUCGCCGUCCACCGCGCCCGCGUCGCGCUGGACGCGUCCGCCGCGGUGAGGGCCUCGCCGAAGCUCCUCGGCUCGCGGGGUGAAGAUACACAUUGGGUAACCGUAGAUUUCACAGUUCCACAUGCAAGCGACGACGAUUGGAUCGGAGUAUUCUCCCCUUCAGAAUUCAAUGCGUCCACAUGCCCAGGUUCUCAGAGCUCAGGCCAAAUACCAGGUCCUGACAUAUGCUCGGCGCCGAUAAAGUAUCAGCUUGCAAAUUACUCAUCUGGCUACGCCCAGUCAGGGAAAGGGACUCUAAAAUUCCAGUUGAUCAACCAGCGACAGGAUUUUUCCUUCGGAUUGUUCACCGGUGGAUUCUCAAAUCCAACACUCGUCGCGGUGUCGAACAAGAUUGCUUUCGCAAACCCGAAAGCUCCAGUUUAUCCCCGUUUAGCGCUUGGAAAGACAUGGAAUGAGAUGACUGUCACAUGGACAAGUGGCUAUGACAGCAGUGAUGCAUCUCCCAUUGUUGAAUGGGGCAUGGAAGGGAGCCCUCCUGUGCGCACAACAGCGGACACAGCCACCUUUGGUCGUGGAAGCCUCUGUGGGGAACCUGCUAAUACUGUUGGCUGGAGGGAUCCAGGUUUCAUACACACAGCUUUCCUAAAGAACCUAUGGCCAGGCAAAGAAUACCACUACAAAAUUGGGCAUACGCUCCAUAACGGAAAAGUUAUAUGGGGCAAGCCUAAAUCUUUCACAGCAGCUCCUUAUCCGGGACAAAGGUCGCUGCAGCGGGUUGUUAUUUUCGGUGACUUGGGAAAGGCCGAGAGGGAUGGCAGCAACGAAUACCAGAAUUUCCAGCCGGCAUCGCUCAACACCACGGACGCAGUGAUCAGGGAUCUCGACAACACGGACAUCGUGUUCCACAUCGGUGACAUCUCCUACGCCAACGGGUACCUGUCGCAGUGGGAUCAGUUCACGCAGCAGGUCGAGCCGAUCACGUCUCGAGUCCCCUACAUGCUGGCAAGUGGAAAUCACGAGCGAGAUUUCCCCAACAGCGGGUCGUUCUACAACGGCACCGAUUCCGGUGGGGAGUGCGGUGUGCCGGCCGCUACCAUGUACUACGUACCGACAGAAAACAGGGCAAACUACUGGUACAUGGCAGACUACGGGAUGUUCCGGUUCUGCGUGGCGGAUAGCGAGCAUGACUGGCGGGAAGGCACGGAGCAGUACAGAUUCAUAGAGCACUGCUUCGCCACCGUGGACCGGGCAAAGCAGCCAUGGCUUAUCUUCACCGCGCACCGUGUGCUAGGCUACUCCUCUGGGUUCUACUACAGCUUCAACGGGGCGUUUGGGGAGCCGAUGGGGCGGCAGAGCCUCGAGCCGCUGUGGCAGAGGUACCAGGUGGACAUGGCAUUCUACGGCCACUACCACCAGUAUGAACGGACGUGCCCAGUCCACCAGGAGGAGUGCGUGAAAGAAGGCACCGUGCAUGUCGUCGUCGGGGGCGCUGGAGCCUACAUGUCCAACUUCACCACGGUGGCCCCUCCUUGGAGCGUGUACCGGGAUAUGGACUAUGGCUACGGUAAGCUGACGGCAUCCAAUGAGACGACGCUCCAGUUUGAGUUCAGGCGGUCCAGCGACGGACAAGUAUAUGAUAGCUUCAUCUUGCAUAAGGACAAGCAGAAUGUAUGAUGCAUGUGGAACCGGAAUAUUUGGAAAAUAAAAUAAAUAUGAAAUAAAAUUUGCA